AGGCUUUGCAAUUGUCAUAGUAUGAAACAGCAGAAGUAGAGCGAGAGUCGAAGAAACACGUGAGCUUGUGAUGAACUAAAAUAUUUGUGAAGGAAUGGAAUAAAUGACAUCUAUACAGCUUUUUGGGAAGAAAUAUGUACAUUUGCAAAUAGGUCAGUUGUUCUUAAUUAAGUUGCGGGAUGAGAAAAAGCGCAACAACCUAAUUCAGCUGUUGUUAUUACACUGUGCACAUAAACAUUAAAGUAAGCACUAUUAAAUCCACAAUGUCGGAGUGCACAACCCCAGGAAAAAAGGGCAAUUUGACUGGAAGUGCUAGGAAAUUAAAGGACGAUGCUGCGGACUGGCAUAAUCUCAUCCUGAAAUGGGAGCGAUUAAAUGACGAGGGAUCCACGAUUGCCACUAAAAUUGUUAAUCUGGGACUGAGCAAAAAAUCAGAUAUUGAGGCUGAUGUUGUGAUGGAAGGAGGCGGUUUGGCAGCUGGAGACUUUUCAGAGAAUCUGAAACAGAGCAACCAAGAACUUGAGGAAGAAUGUGUGAAGUUACAAGAUGUUGUGCAUAAAAUGGCAAACAUACUGUCAAAGAUGGAGAAGAUGGUCCAUGCUGAGCGCGGGAUCUGUGAGUUAGAAGCGUUCCAGUUUGGAGAGAAAGGAAGAGCAGCACCGCUGUUUCACACGUGGUCCACACAGCAGUUCGUUGAAGUAUCUUCCAAGCUUUAUGAGUCAUACAAACAGGAGUUUGCACUGAAGACGACUAUAUUACAAGAACUGGCCCACACUGCCAAUGCUGAUCUUUCCAUGGUCUACCUGUCAUCGUGGUUGUAUCAACCCUACAUUGAGGACAGUGGGAAACUGCUACUAGAGAGUUUGCUAUUGGAAACAGGUCACAGACCUUUGUGAUUCAGUCUGGAGUCUAUGCAUAAGGACUUUGUAAACAAAUUCAAAGCAUAUCACAACAUUACUUGAAAAUAUGCUGUUUUUUAUACUGUAUAACUUCCUUGUACCAUACAAAGUCUUAACUCCAUAAACUCACUCACAAAAGUUUUAAUGUCAUAUUUGAACAUGUCCCUUUGUAUUAAAAAUGCUGAGAUGUUUCAAAAACACAGUAAACCAGAUAUUAUAUAAAAAGUAAUAAAAUAGUGCAACAACUUUUCAAA